AUGGGAGAGCUCAAGAAACUGGUUGAAGAGGGUAAGAUAAAGUACAUAGGUCUGUCUGAGGCCUCUGCUUCAACAAUCAGAAGAGCACAUGCUGUACAUCCAAUUACAGCUGUGCAGAUGGAGUGGUCCCUCUGGUCAAGAGAUAUAGAGGCAGAUAUUGUUCCUACUUGCCGUAUUGCUGCUAUACAAAAUUCAAACCUGCUACAGAAUUUUCCAAGAUUCAAACCUGAAAAUCUCGAGCAUAAUCGAAAGAUAUUUGACCGGGUCAAUGAAAUGGCUGCAAAGAAGGGCUGCACCCCAUCACAGCUGGCAUUGGCAUGGGUCCAUCAUUGUGGAAACGACGUGGUUCCCAUCCCCGGGACCACCAGGACAGCAAACUUGAACCAGAACAUUGGUGCAUUGUCUGUGAAGCUAACCCCAGAAGAAAUGGCUGAACUCGAAUCCUAUGCCUCAGCCGAUGUGGUCAAGGGUGAGAGACAUUUCGUUAUGUCAAGGACAUGGAUCAACUCAGAAACUCCACCAUUGUCCUCGUGGAAAGCUGAAUGA